ACCGAGUGUGCAGUUUACAGCCGUUCGCAUAUAGAAAAAUAAAUAAAUAAUUAAUAGACGAUCGGAGUGAAACCUGGCACGUCGUGGUCAAUGCUUGUUUUUAAUAAAGUAUUCUUUUCGGAUUAGGUUUCGGCGGUAUCCCUUUUGUGUUGAUGCACUCCACGCAUAGAACAAAUUAGAACGAUGAAAAAAAUAACGGAUAUCAGUGUAUUUACCGAUGGCGCCGAGGAGGAAUGGGCCCAAGAGCGGCGUGAAACCGUGGAGUAUUUGCUGCGGCGGAUUGACAAGGAACUCCUCACAGUGGUCAGCAUGGAAUGCUUACCCGGAAGCCAGCAAGGUGAUAACUACAUGUCAGUCAUCAAGCGCAUACGGGUGCGGGGAACACGCCAAAACUGUCACGGGAAAACGGAACUCAACAUUUCGCUGAUCUUCAAGCGCCAAAUCGCGAGCCUUCAGCGGCGAAAGCUGUUUCGAGCGGAUGAAGCCUUCGCCAACGAAAUCAAUGCCUACACAGAGCUGGUCCCGGUGCUGGAGGACUUUUCCCGCAAUCGGUUGCCGUUUCCGCAGUGCCUGUACGCCGGCACCGAUGCCGAGGGCGAUCUGAUCGUGCUGGAGGAUCUGCAGUGUAGAGAUUUGUAUAUGGUCGACCGUCGGAAGAGUCUUACUUUUUGGCAGUGCCGGAUAAUUAUGCGGGAACUGGCAAAUUUCCACGCCGUUUCACUGGCAAUGAAGCAAAUUCAGCCAGCUCGGUUCCUUAAUAUGAAGAAAAAGGUGAGGGAGAUCGUCUACAAUGAUGAGGCAGCUGAGUUCUACACACAUUCCCUGGAGACUUCACUGAGGGGUGCCUUAGACAGCUUACACUACAGUAACCGGGAUAGAAGCUUGGAUGCACCUAUUAAAGCCGUCGAACGGUUGCGUGGUAAGCUGUACACCAUUAUGUCCAGCACGGUUCGCAACAGUGCUGAACCUUGGAAUGUCCUUUGCCACGGAGACAUCUGGGUGAACAACUUGAUGUUCAACGAAAAUAAAGAACAAGCCAAAUUGAUUGAUCUACAAGCGAUGCGGUACACCUCACUGGUCAUCGAUAUUAUCCAUCUGCUCUAUACCAGCGCUGGGGCUAAAGUGCGACUAAGCCAUACGGACGAACUACUCCAAAUUUACCACGAAGCUCUCAUCAAGUCACUGCGAAUGUAUGUCCCUAUAAAAGAAGACGCAAUUUUUAAGAAGCUAGAAGCAAUCUUCAGCUUCGAGAGCAUUCAAAAAGAGUAUUACUCACGCAUUAAAUACGGACUGGGAAUCGCCAUGUGGCUACUGCCGGCGGUCACCUUCCACCCGGAUCACAUUCCCGACCUCGACACCGUAACAAUGAAUGAUUUUAAAACUAAGAAUCACGAUAAAACUAUCGCACAGAUGCUUUCGCCCGAUUAUCACUCCCGAAUGCUCGAAACCGUGUUGGAGUUCUACAAAAAUGGAGUCUUGGAUAGCAUGUAAAGUCUCGCCGUUUGAUUUAUUAUUCAACUCGAACAAAGAUUUGAAGUAGUAUUAAACUAUACAAAGAUACCCGCUCGAUUAUCAUUCCAAAUAAAGCUACAAUAUACACUAAUUUAUCAAUAGUUACCGCUCUUGAGGCACAUCCAAUGAACAUGCAUAGUACACGCAAUAACUAGUCAUAUAUUGGUAAAAAAAACACUAAAUCCUAGAAAAAUAGUAAACAAAAUCAAACGUCACUUCGGUUAUCGGAGUAGGAAAUCAAACAUGCCAAAACAAUCUAAAUAUUUCGUAACAAGAUAAGCGCCUUCGAGUAAUGCAUCAGUUGAAGAAAUAAGAUUUUCGCUAAUCACAGCAAUAAAUUUAUACAUCAAACAGGAAAAGUCGCAGCAACAACAGCAACGGUACGAUGCCUUACGUAAGUUUCGCCAUCUAGAGAUGGUUAUCUCCGCAAUCUCACCCCGGAAGAUUAGAAUCCGCUCGAACGUGAUAGGACAGCCCUGUCCUGUCAAACCCCGUAGGAAAAGCAUUACCGUCGUCACGCCUCGUGCCGACAUUGUUUAUUGCUGUAGUAGCUUGUAAAAUAAAUGGUACAAACAAAACAAACCUAGCAAGCGCUGAAAGUGAAGACCACUGUGAGUGAGUGAAUGUAAACAACAAUUCCACCACAAUAAAAUAGUGUCCUGUCAUUUUAUGAAGCGUUGAAAAAGCAUGUUCAUAAUUAAGUGUACUCGUCGUCUCGAGAUAAGUUUAAGCGCAGCAUGUGUCAUUUUUUGUCCUAAUAAUAUAAUACUUGAAGUUAAUCAAAGAGUACAACAAGAAUAGUAAAGGGAGGGAGUGAGUAGACCAAGUUUACAGAGAAAUUUUUAGUGUUUCUUUUUAUGUUACUUGAAUAGUGUUCAGUAGUUUUUAGAUAAAUAACAUUUACUUGUUUUAUUGCUGUAGUAGAAAAUAGUGUUACACACAAAGCACAGGACUUGAGCAGCGCGUGCGCUGCUGUAGUGAACAAAGAAGUCUACCCGAGAGAUGAGUAUUUUAGAAUGCAAACUUGCUACCUAAUGUUACCGAUUUCAAGGCUUACAGCUUUCUGUGUGGCUAUGCAAGUAGCAAAAACUGGUUCAAACCUGUAUACGUAUUGGCGGUUGAAAGCCCCUGAAUAAACCUGCUACAUUG